UUGGAGUCGACGCCGUGCGUGCGAUAGGCGGACCUAAAAAAAACAACCUCUUCACGUCCCACCUCGGAGGAGAUUAACAGCCACAAUAGAUCUAAAAGGGAGGCAAAACGCAUGACAUUCUCGCAGAGGGGGACGGUGACGGACUGAGCUGAAAGCAGGCAAGAAGACACCCGAAUGAGCGCUCCAUCUCGCGCGGAGCUAUUCCAGAGUUGGACAGCACUUUGACUUCUCCGAUCUCUAGUCAAAAGGAAGCAGCAUAUUCCACUAGCAGGAGGCCACACCUUGCGUAACCAAAGGCAGCAAAGAAGCCAUGAGUGAAGAUAAGCCUGCAGAGAGCGCGGAGACGGCCCCCGCUGAGAUGAAUGCCAUUCCUAAUGGGAAAGGUCACGAUGCGGUCGAUGAGACCACCGCAUCGCCGGCUACCUCACCUGUGGACGAUGGCCCAACCCCAAACAGAACUGAGAAUACAGAAGCCAAUCAGGCAGAAGGACCAGAGAUCGCGUCAGCCGGCGACAAAAGCAAAACAACGCGAUUUACUGAUUUUGAGGGGAAAACAUCAUUCGGGAUGUCCGUCUUCAACUUGGGCAAUGCAAUCAUGGGCAGCGGAAUCCUCGGACUGGCUUACGCAAUGGCCAACACAGGAGUCGUUCUCUUUUUGGUUCUCCUAACGGCAGUGGCCGUCCUUUCAUCAUAUUCCAUUCAUUUACUGCUCAAGUCUUCUGGUAUUGUCGGUAUUCGUGCUUAUGAGCAGCUUGGCUACAGAGCUUUCGGCACCCCGGGGAAGAUGGCAGCAGGUAUCGCCAUCACGCUCCAAAACAUUGGAGCAAUGUCCAGUUAUCUUUACAUUGUCAAGUAUGAGUUUCCUCUGGUCAUUCAAGCCUUCCUUAAGGUGGAUAAGCCAGCAGGUGAAUGGUACUUGAACGGCAACUACCUUGUGAUCAUUGUAUCCAUCGCUGUGAUUUUGCCACUGGCGCUUAUGAAGCAACUUGGCUAUUUGGGAUACACCAGUGGCUUCUCCUUGAGCUGCAUGGUGUUCUUCCUCAUCGCGGUUAUUUACAAGAAGUUCAACAUCCCCUGCCCAUUUGCGGACUUUACCAUCAACGGCACUGCCGGCGGCCUCCUGAACAUCACAGAUCCCGGUGGAGCGGACGACCCUGCUUGCAUUCCCAAAAUGGCCAACCUCAAUUCCCAAACUGCCUACACCAUCCCCAUCCUGGCGUUUGCCUUUGUGUGCCACCCUGAGGUGCUGCCCAUCUACACAGAGCUACGCAACCCCAACAAGAAAAAGAUGCAGCAUGUGGCCAACAUGUCCAUUGCAGUCAUGUACGUCAUGUAUUUCCUGGCUGCUCUCUUUGGAUACUUGACCUUCUAUGGUGAAGUAGAAGCCGAGCUGCUUCACACCUACAGUCGCAUUGACCCGUAUGACACGCUGAUUUUGUGUGUGCGCGUCGCUGUGCUCAUUGCCGUCACACUCACAGUGCCCAUCGUGCUCUUUCCCGUACGAAGGGCCAUCCAGCAGAUGAUGUUCCCAAACAAGACCUUCAACUGGCCACGCCACAUCGCCAUAGCAUUCACUCUGCUCACGUUCAUUAACCUGCUGGUCAUCUUUGCCCCAAACAUCUUGGGCAUCUUUGGGAUCAUAGGUGCCACAUCUGCCCCUUGUCUUAUUUUCAUCUUUCCUGCUGUCUUCUACAUUCGUAUUGUUCCCAAAGAGGAGGAGCCACUGCGCUCAACUCCCAAAAUCCUGGCAGCCUGCUUUGCUGGGAUCGGCUUCCUGUUCAUGAUAAUGAGUCUGAGUUUUAUCAUUAUUGACUGGACUUCGGGCAGCAGCAAAGCCAGCACGGGCCACUAAACGGCCUUCAGCCUCGUCCAGGAAUUUAACUUUCCUUUUGGUUGAGUGAGUUUAUGUCUUGCUAUUCUUCAUGGUUUUGGCUCUUCCAUAGAGAAUUUGGGAGGAAUGACACUGUCUCUGCACAAAACAAACUUUGUACUGUACAUCCUGCCACACAACACUAGCCGGAAAAAAACGGAAUCCUAUUUUUUUUUAAGGUUGAGAGGGUGUGCCUUGUCAGGUGAGAUGUAUAUAAGAUGGAUAAGCAACAAUGUAGGCAGCAGAUUUCUUUCCACAUUCAUUUGUCACUGCGCUGACUAUGAGCCUGUGGCACAUCAUGCUAUCGUGAUCUGAUUCCCAGCCUUGCUGAGAUGACAAUAUACACAUUCCUUCAAACCUCCAAACUGUACCGAAUGGAAGAAAUGCUUCUACAAUAUAUUUGCAACCUUCAGCUUCCGUCCAAGCUGUUGUGUGGCACACACAAAGCACAUUUCCAACAACAUUCCUUCCUCUCGCAAACUGUUUUCAGUUGUGUAAAAAAACACGUUUGCUUCUUCUGGAUACAAAUUUAGCUCCUCGCCGUUCUAAAAUGAAUACUACUUAAGUGGUGCCUUGAGAUACAAGUUUAAUUUGUCUUCUUCCCAAAUGAAAUGAAUUAAAAUGCCACAUAUGCCGGCCUGCCCCCGCUCGAGUUUUUAAUAAGCAACGUACAUGUUGUAGUGAAUCUCAAUUUUAUCUGCAGUAAUAUUAAUUUACUUUUGCCACGGUUUGGUUUUAAUGUAUCUAUUGCAACACCAAUAAUAUUCAUCAGCUCGUCUAUGGUGUUUUACUUUUUUUUAGCUUUAAGCUAAGAAAACUUUAUUAAGGCAAAGCUAAAUGAUUGUUUUGAGUUCACAACUUGGAUCACUCUUAUCUCAAGGCAUCACCGUUUUGUGUUUUUGUACAUUGAAGACCUCAUGAAAGUUACCUCUCAGUGUUCCUAUUCCUUGAUGACUUUAAAAACAAUGCGCAUUGUUUCACGUAGACAACAGGGUCCAUCUAAGCAGUGACUAGCAACAGUUGUGUCUUCACUAAAGUGGAAGUCAAGGGGGGGAAAAUUCUAAGCAAUAUCAAAAACUAUUUUUGUUUAACGUAUUGGUGGAAUUAGAAUUGAUCGUUUUCAGCCAUUUUCACAAUAUAUUGCCCUCUGCUGGCAAUUAGAAUUAACAUCAAAAUGCUAUUGGGCACAAGAUGCGAAAGUCACAUGACCAAAACCUGGAAAACACCUGAGCCAUGACUUCCACUUUAAUAUCUUCCUCCUAUCUUGGAAAUGACAAAGAUGCUAUUCUGUUGACAGUGUUGCUGUUUUGCAUCAGCACUUUCUUCAACUAAAAGCACAACAUCUCGUAGCCGUUCAUAAGGACUUGGUUUGAUGUGUGUGGGCGUGUCCCUUUUGUAUAACACAAUAUAUGCUGUAUUAAUCAACCUAAUGUAAAUUCCAUAAAAGUAGCAAAGGGUCAAUGGAUGUUACUUGAAUUAACAUGAACUUUUCUAAUGUUCCUCUACUGUCCAAUUUAGUAAGGUGAAGGCAACUUAGUUGGCUGUAUCAUUGCAAGUUUAUCAUAUUUAUAACAUCACAACUGUGGUGACUACAUGCAGUGGUGUCAAAUCUAUAUUCACAAGUAUCUAUGGAAUCUAAUCCAGUGCAAAUGUGUUUAUGACGUCAGCUGUGGUAACUUCUGCCGCUCGAAAUCAUUCGUGAUCUUGUCAACCUUGUACGUAUUUUAACAUUUUUUUACACAUUGUCAAAUUUGUCCGUGCUGUGUUACACAGCAAAUAUUGUCCUUCUCCCUUUUGUUAGUUACUGUGUGUCUGCUUAUGAGGUUUUUGUUUGUUUGUGUGCAGAGUGAUUCAUUUGGGGUCAGCCACUGUUUCCUCGUGAAAAAUAUUCAAUAUUUUUGGUUAUCCAUGCACAACAGAAAAUGCUACAAAAAAUAUCAAUAUUAACUGUGAUUAUCUGUGUUGGUGCCUGAUGAAAAAAAGCCCUCUUUGAAACCUUUGUCAGUUCGGAGUGACCCACUUUGUGAUGUCUUAAUUCAAAGUAUUAAUAACAUUGACAUUGGCCAGCAUUUAUAAAUAAAUGUAAAUACAUGUAGACCCUUUAUAUUCGAUAUGCAUAUCUAGUUUGUAUACUGUAAAUAGCAGUAAAAACUUUGGUCCAAUACAAAAAUAUAUAAUAAUUUUCAAAGUGCUUUUAAACCUCCUGUCCUUCAAUUGGUGUCUAUUUUCUUGAACGUCCAUAUAUGAAUAUGUCGCUGGCAGUAUCGUACUGUAAACAAUGUUGCAAUAAAGAUAAUGAACGUCCCGAUAUGCGUCUAUGAUGAU